UGUGCUUCUUAAAAAUAAAAACAAACUUCAAAGAUGGCGUACGGUUUACGAAAAAACAAAUCUCAAAUCGCGAUGAAACUUUAUACACUUUUAUGUUUAUUUUUUGUAUUGUGGGGAUUUGUAGAAAGCCGAUGUGCUGAUAAUGAUCAACGGUGCCGACGUUGGAGAAAGGAUGGCCAUUGCAUGAAGACUGAGGUUAGAAGAACUUGUCCUCUAAGUUGUGAGAUUUGCAACCCUCAUGAUAACAUUUUUGAAGAUUUACACAAAUCCGCGGAUCAGGGCAUAAUGACACUUGUAGUAUUUGCGAUGUUCGUAGUAAUAGGAAUUUUUGUAGCCCUGAUUAAAGUUUAUACUACUGGAGGGUGCUGUCGCUCUAAAGGUACAAUGAAAGGCAAAGUUGUUGUCAUAACAGGAGGAACUAAUGGAAUUGGUCUAGACACAGCGUUUCAUUUGGCAGCACGCGGGGCUCGUGUUAUAAUAGGUUGCAGAACACUUAAGAAAGGUUUAAAAGUUGUGAAGGACUUACGUUUUCAAAGCAGACAAGAACUUAUAGAAGUUAGGAAGCUUGAUCUAAGCUCUUUGGAAUCUGUGAAAGACUUUGCUCAGGAAAUCAGUGAAGAGGUUGGAAAAAUUGAUGUGUUGAUUAACAACGCAGCACACAUUUCUGGUAAAGACCGCGUUGUUACUUCUGAUGGAUAUGAACAAACAUUUCAAGUAAAUUAUUUGUCUCACUUUUUACUGACGAAGAUGCUGAUAGACAAGUUAAAGAAGAACAAUCCCCCAAGUAGAAUUAUCAACGUGGUGUGUGAAAAUUUCAAGAAGGGAAAUCUAGAUUUUUCUGAUUUACAAGCUAAGAAGAAUUUUGCAAACAUUAAAGCAUAUAACAAUAGUAAACUGGCUUUAAUGCUCUUCACACAAGAGUUGAGCAAAAAAUUUAAAGGCACGCAACUAACUGUCAAUGCUGUCAACCCUGGGGUGUGUGUGACUGAUUUAUGGAACAACGUAUUUCCAUAUAGCUGGAAACUAGCCUGGAUAUUUAUCUAUCCGUACAGUUACCUAUUCUGGAGACCAUCCUCAAUGGCUGCCGAGACAUCCUACUACUGUAGCUUAGAGCGUGAGUUGGAAAACGUGACAGGAAAAUAUUUUGCUGAAUGUGAGCAAGCUAAAUGCCCAACAUUAGAUGACGAAAUUGCACGAAAGCUUUGGGAAGUUAGUGAGCGCUUAAUACUUCCAAAAACAAUAGCAGCCCUUCAACGAGAAGCGCAGGAAGAGAGAACUGAGGAGAAAAGUAGUGACGAAAAGAAAGACUCUUCGAAUGCACAUUCAAAACAUGAAAAAGGGGAUUAAUCUUUUUUUU